GCCGAAGAUGUCGGCUCGGUCAUGUGAUCAGCUGUGUCCAAUCACAGCUGAUCACAUCUGUCACGCUGACAGCUAGAGAGGAGAGCCGGUAAUCGGCUUUCCGCGGAGGGGACAUGUACACUGAUUAUCAGGGCACUGAUGAUCACUGUGGCCCCAGAAGUGCCACCUGUCAGUGCCCAUCAGUGUGCCACAUACCAGUGCACAUCAAUGCCACAUAUCAGUGCCCAUCUGAGCUGCCUUUCAAUGUCACCCAUCAGUGCCAGUCAGUGCCACCUAUCAAUGCCAAUCAGUGCUGC